CACCAUUUGUAAAAGACCAUCCUUCUCGUCGCUAUCGACUUUGACAUGUAGAAUAGAUAAUUAGUCAAUGUACCUAUUAGUAUUUUCUAAAAUUGCAAGCCAAUUGUAAUGUGUUCUUCUUUUUACAAUCUACUUUAAUGAUUCACUUGUCUCGAAUACUAUUGACGAUAGCUGGAUUUUGUCAACUGUUACUGCAACUAAUAAUUUUGUUUAGAAACGCCACUUACACAAAGAAUUAGAGACAAAGAAGAGAAGUAGCAAUAUAUAGAAAAUAUACGGAUAAUUUGCACAAUUAAGUGUUGGGAAAUGCUGAACAAUGCAAUUAAUUUUAAACACUAAAACAGAUAUAGACAUUCAAAGGAAGAUGUCAGCAAUUGAACAGGAAUCCUUAGAUGAAAAAUUUAGUAACAAGACCAUAGCAGAGAAAGUAGGUGAUGAAAUUCCCAAUAUAAAUGAAGAUUGUGUUAAGGAAAAUAUUGUGGAAGAGUUCAACGAAAAUGAAGAUUUUAAAACAAAUGAAGACACAAUUAAUGAUAGUAAAAAUAUUUCUAGCGAAUGCCUUAAUGAUUCAAGUAGAAAUGAUUGUAUUGAAAAUACUAGUGCCACUGAUUUGCCUGAGGAAUGUUGUGAACAAAACCAAGAUGGUGAGAUAAUCUCUAAUAUUAUAAUAGAAGAUGAAGAGCCAGAAAAUAGUGACAGUGUUAUGGUGAAACAUGAGAAAGAGAAAGAGACUGAUCUACAAUUAAGUGAAGAGGAAUGUAAUAAUGUUAAUGGAAAGAAUCAGGAGGAGGAGGAAAAUAUAACAAGUAAUAACACAGAGAAUAUAGCAGAGGAAGUGGACACCGCAUUGGAAGAAACCAAUGAUGAACAUGUUCCAAAUGAAAAAGUUCCAAAUGAAAAGGAGUCAGAUAACAAUAAAGAAGUAAAAGAUGAUACAGUUUUAAAUGGAGAAGUAAUCAGUAUUUCAGAUGAGAAAGAGGAAGAAUGUAUUACAUUGUCAGAACAGGAAGUAACCGGUAAAGAAGAAAAAUCAAAUACAUCAUCAAAUGCAGAAAGUAAUAAUAUCACUACUCAACUUACAGACAAUGAGUCUGAUGAUGAACACAGCAAUCAUGACUGUAUUUCACAAGAUGAUAUCAUUGAUGUCCCAGACCUAACUUCUGAUUCAUCUAGUGUUAUACCCACUACAGAAAAUAAUGAAGUAGAAUCUAAGGAAAUGCUUGAGAAUACAAAGGAUACAAAUGUAAAUAAUGAUAAGGCUAAUGAACAGGAAGAAAUAGAAAAUAAAAACACCAAUAACAAUAUUAAAAGUACAAAAAAGCUUUCACUUAUAUGUAAAUUGUCAAACACUUUAGAUAUAUUGUCGGAUGAAGAGGAAGAAACUAUAGAAAAAGAAUCUCAAAGUAAAUUACAGAGUCCUGAUGAAAAACAAUGUAUUAAUAUAGAAGAUGAUGAUGAUAUCAUGUUGAUUGAUGAAGAAACGAAUAGUAAGGAUGAAAAGAACAAUCCAGAAAAAGCAGUUGAAACCAAGAUUGAUGCAAAAGAAUCUGAUGAGAAACUUAAUACAGAUGAAUUGCAUACAGAACCUAUAGAAAAUAAAGAAUCAUUGAACGUAGACCAAGACAAUGCAAGUAUUGCAGAGUCUGAUUUAAAUAAAACGAAAGAAGAAGAGAAAACCUUAGAAACCAAACCAAUACAAAAACCACUUUUAUCUGUUAAUUUUCUUAAAACAUGCAAAAAGAACUUGGCUGAUAUGACAAGAGAUGAACUUGAAGAAUUUUGUAUAUUAAAAAUUGUUGAAAGUGUUGUAGAUAGGAGUAAUUUAAGUGAAAUAAAAAUGCAACUUAAAACAUUGAGCCAAAAUAUUGAAGAAUAUAAGAAGAAAGCUAUGCUGCUUACAAAGCAAAAUAGAGAUCUGCAAGUAGUUUUAAAAUCUGUCCAAGAAGAACAGAAGAAAAAAUCAGAUGUUCCAAUUACUCCACUUAAGAUAACACGAUCUGUUGGUAUGCAGGUGUUUAUGACUGAUAAAAUAGCUGUACGGAGAAAAUCUGUAUUAACAUCUAAUGCUUCACAAAACAAUGCAAUUUGCAAUAACACUACAAACAAAGUUAAGAACCAAUUAAAUCAAAGUCCUAAAACUCUUAAAACGCAAACAAAUCCUAAUAAUACUCAACAAAUUCCUGUGCCUAGACUAGUUCCAGCAGUGAAUAAUGCAAGCAAUAACAAACUUCAGACACCUAUUACAAUUAAUUCAUCAAAAUCUCCAGUGACUACCACAUUACCUAAUGGUAUAAGGAAUUCACCCCCAACACCGAAACCAGAAAAAAGACCCCAUAGUAAAAUGCAACAGGGCAACUCGGUAACAGUUGAUUUAACAGAUGAUGAGCCACCUUCAAAAGUACUGCAACGGAAUGUGAAUCCUCCAGUAAGAUUAGUAUCUCCACAAAACUUACUGGCUCCACAGAGACAACCAUUUGGUACAAAUAUUAGUAGUCCCCGAAAAGUAUAUAUUCCUAUUAGUGGUUCACAAAAUCAAGUUAGACCUGGUCAGACUAUCAUGCUCAAACCCAUUGCACCUCAAGGCCCUCGACACAGAGUUCCGAAUAUUCUGCCAAAACCGAAUCCAAAUACAAAUGCAGUAAGAAUGACAAGAAUAACAAGGCACCCUGCACCUUUACCAGACUCUAUGAAGCAGUAUCAACCUCCAAAUUGGAAAGCUUUACCACCGGCACCAGAACUCAAAUUGUCAAAAGUAGAAAAUGGAAUUGUAAUAUCAUGGAAAAUAGAUGGGUAUCAAGAAGAGAACCAAGAAGAAAUAGCUAGUUAUCAGUUAUAUGCUUAUCAAGAAACGUCAUCGCCCCCUAGCACAGCUUUAUGGAAAAAAAUUGGUGAUGUCAAAGCUCUACCUUUGCCUAUGGCAUGCACAUUGACUCAGUUUAUGGCAGGAUAUAAAUAUUAUUUUGCAGUUAGAGCUGUUGAUAUUAGAUCACGGCUCGGACCUUUUAGUGCUCCAGGAAGUAUACUUCUUUUGAAUAAAAUGUAAGACUGACAAUUACCUUUUUAUCAUCUCUUUGCAAUGUCAUACAUUGUAAACAGUUUUUGUAAAUAUUUGAAUAAUAGGUGUUUUAAUUUAUUAAACUGACUGUACUCUGGAUUUCAUUG